AUGCAGCCAAUACAAAUUUUAGUUCUUUGUCUUACUAUUGCAUCGGCGGCUUCUGCGCCACAACAAAGGAUUGCCGGAGGAUCAGUGGCAGUUAUAACUUCAUAUCCGUUCGCUACCGCAUUAUUGAGGUCCAAGGACUAUGUAACUUAUUCCCAACUUUGCGCUGGCUCUAUUCUCAACACAAAAUCAGUUCUAACUGCGGCAAGCUGCUUCUAUGGUGAUAGUACAAGUUUAUGGCGCAUGAGAGUUGGGUCAAGCUGGGCGAAUAGCGGUGGUUCUGUCCAUGUUAUAAAUCGAGUAAUCCUUAAUCCGUACUACAAUCCACGGAUUCAAGACGGCGACAUUGCUAUCAUACAGAGCUCAUCCAAUUUCAUUUAUAGUAAUUCUGUCAGGCCUGCCUCUAUAGCGGGUGUUAAUUAUGUGCUCACCGACAAUCAAGCAGUUUGGGCUAUUGGAUGGGGUUCUACUUACAAUGGCGGUCCUCCUUCGGAACAAUUACGGCACGUACAAAUUUGGACAGUCAAUCAGGCAGUGUGUAAGAAUAGAUACAGAUCUUUGAGUCGCACUGUGACGGACAACAUGCUUUGUUCCGGCUGGCUGGAUGUGGGAAGUCGAGAUCAGUGUCAGUAUGAUGCUGGUGGUCCCCUAAUUCACAACAAUGCUGUAGUGGGCAUCUGUUCUUGGGGUUACCAGUGUGGUACCCCAACAUACCCCGGUGUCAAUACUCGUGUCUCCCGUUACACCCCUUGGAUACAAGCCAAUGCCUAA